GGCGUAGUUAUAUUAACAUUGUUGGUUAUUAGCUUUUAAAGAUACUUUGUAAUAUAUAAAAAUAAUGCCGUCAGUUGUCAAACGUCAUGUAAAGUUCAACUACUGAGAUUUUGUAAACACAACGUAAACCAUCAUCAAACUUCAAAGCAACUGUAUCAAACAAAUUUGAAUGUACGAAAAAUUCUAAAAGCUUUUAUUAGUAAGGAAAACUAUGAAUUAAUUUAUAUUGUAUAUCAAAUAAUAAGAAAUACAAAUACUUGAAUUGUCAACAUGUCUGGACCCAUUCAAGAUGUUAUUGAAGAAGAUGCCGCUGAUCUACAAUUUCCUAAAGAAUUCGAAAACGCUGAAACAUUGCUCAUAUCGGAGGUUGACAUGCUACUGGAACAUAGAAAAGCACAAAAUGAAUCUGCUGAAGAAGAACAGGAAUUUUCAGAAGUGUUUAUGAAAACGCUAACAUAUACAAAUAUGUUCAAGAAGUUUAAAAACAAAGAAACUAUAACUGCUGUAAGAAAUUUGUUGCAAUCGAAGAAACUUCACAAAUUUGAAGUUGCUAGUUUAGCAAAUCUCUGUCCUGAAACACCAGAAGAGGCUAAGGCACUUAUACCUUCUUUGGAAGGAAGGUUUGAAGAUGAAGAGUUAAGAAUAUUGCUAGAUGAUAUACAAACCAAGCGAAGUAUUCAAUAUUAAAAGAGUAAUAUUUA